UCCAGCCAUCAGAUCCAAACAACACUUGAGGUGGUCACGGGUUGACAGGUUUAAGUCCUCUAGUUCACAAUAACUUCCUCAAGAUGAAUAUGAAAAUUUGUGGCCCCAAGUGUUCCCUGUGUUGUACUCUGAUCAGUGCAUGGGGGAUAGUGCAACUGGGAAUCAUGGGGAUCCUAUUCUGGGUCAGAUCACCGGCCUUUAUUGAAGACUUGAAGAUAGAUGACUCGAUUAUGCAUCCUGCGGAAGUCGACAUCCAUGGGAAUGCUAAAAGGUAUCUGGAGGCGAUGGAUGACUCAUUUCAUACGAUCGCCUUGAACUGUUGGAUAGCGGCUCUUCUGUACAUAGUGACGCUGUUCCUGUCGGGGUGGCAGUUGUGGGUAAAUAAUAGAAUUAGUGCCUAAGAAUUGGCAAUUGCUCAAGAUCAGCCACUACUACAAUGGAUAAAUUAGUCUUACUUGUCUCAUAUUUGAAGAGUAAAGUAUAUUAAAUUUUUAUUGUGAUUGAGAGUAUCCUUGAGCUCUGUUUUGGAGAAUCAUCGAGGUUUUGACAGUUAUUUAGAAAAGAUUAGUUGGAUGUUUAUUUUUUCAAAGUAUUAUUGAGAUUUUAUUUAGGAAAUUUAUGAGCUUUCUCUCUGAGGACUUAAGACCAGAGUAGUCACUUGUAUGUCUGUAUAUUAGAGUUUAUUAUUACUCUUGUUAUGAUGAGGGUCAUUUAUGUAAAUACAUUUGAUAGUUGUGAGGGAAAUGAAUAUUGUUUAAUGAGACCUUGAGCCUAAACUUUUGAUUGAAGUGUUAUAUUAUUUACGUUCGGUAUUUCAAACAGCUUACUAUGUAAAACUCCACAUUGUGAUGAAGAUUAACCUUUAUUGUCUAUUUAUAUUUAAUUCAGAUUUUUUGUUCACAUUAAUUACAUAUUUCAAUUAUGUCUAAUGUGAUAAAAAAACAAAAACAAUUGGGGUGAGCCAUUGGAAGGAAAAACCUAAACCUUGUUGCCUGUAUUUGUUUGUCAUGCGGGCAGAACCAAGUUACGUAUUUAAGUAUUUUAUUAGGGAAGCUACACUUGGUGACCAUUCAGACUGUCAUGUAAGAGCUCAACUUAUCUACUAAAAGAGAAACUUUCAUUUUUCAUUUAUUCUAAGUUUUGUUUUGGUGAGGAGAAGUUUGUGUCAGAUGUCCUGAGUGUCACCACCAGUUUUGUUGGGAAGAAAGAUGAAGUGCCUUAUGAGAAGAGAAACCUUUUAAUUAACAAGCAUUCCAAGAUCACUGCAUGUAGGGAUACAUUAUUGUGAGGCACAAAUUGAUAGAAAACCCUUAGCUGUAGAGAAACUUUUUUAUUUAUAAUAAGAUAAGUGUCCCACCAUUGCAACUGGAAGGGGCUUACAGGAAUGAAAAAAUUAGGAUGAAUUAAACAAGUCGUCGUCUCGGUAAAAUUGUCCCGAGCGACUUAUAUGUAAGGGUCUAGUUACUAAUGGUAAAUUAUAGUUAAGAUUAUUAAUAUAGUUUUAUGUAUCCUAUACUCUAUGGCGAGAAUUAGACCAAUUUAGCCAUUGCAGCAUUAUGUUCAGGGUAAGUAUACACAAUGUCAACACUCCUAUAUGAUCUAAAAAAAACUGCUACUUUACUAUCAAAUAUAUGAGUCUUUACAGAAUACUAACCUCUUCCCUUUCAUUCUUUACCCAGAUUUGUUUUUGUAGAGCCUAUUGCACAUAUGUCCCAUACUGGUGACAUUAUUAUGAACUGUCUUGUUUCAGCACAAUAUUGAAUAAGAUUUUAUUUCUUUACAUCUUAAAUGUUUUAAAUAAGACAAACCUUAAAGUCACUUAAUAUACUUUCCCUUAAUGCAAGAAUGGUUGUAGAGUGAAUAGUCCAACAUUUGAAUCCUGUACAAGCUAUCACAGGGAUCACCACAGUACAGACACUCCCCGGGUCACAGAUAGGGUCCAUAAACCAGGGUGUCUCUGAUAAGCUUUAUAACUCAUAAAGUUUGUGAAUUUUUGUCUUGAGUACAGUACAUAUUGGUGACAUACAUUACUUGGUUGUUACUCAGGUGACAUGUUAUUUACUCUGGUUGUGUAAUUUGUUGUACCAUCUUACUUAUCUAAACAAAUGUGCCUUUGUAUGGUGAUCCCUGCACUGAUGUGUUGUACUGUACAUAUAUGUAGGAUUAAUCAGUCUUGUACAGAUGUAUAUUAAUGUACAUUCCAGAGGAGAAUUGGUGUUCUGGUUUUACUGAAUAAAUUAUAUACUUA